CAACGAUCAGCGCGAAUCGGUUGAGACAAGUACACAGCUCACAGCUGCUGGUAACUGUAGCCCGAGCGCUCUCUGCGGGGACGAAACUGUCGUCGUCGUCGAUAGUACGCCCGUAAUUUCAUUCCGGUGCUUGAUUUGAUUACAGAUUUGCUCAGCUACUAUUUCAUGUCUGUCAAACUUCACGUAUGUUUUAAAUUACUCCUCUCCCGUAACGUAUAUUAACUCUUCCACCUAAUCGGACAAUCUCAUUGUGUCAUUAUUCCUCGAAUCCAUUCAACUUGUCCAUUCCGCAACACGUCUUCUUUUUCUAAGUCGGUUCACAUAACCUCCGCUAGAUUCCGUCUUCUUCAGGUUCCCAUCCAAUGCAAGCACCACUUCUCCUCCAACCACCACCUCUUCUUGCACUUGCUCAGCAAGUUAACAACCAAACGCGUCCUCGCGUUUCACAAGACUUCUUAUUUCACGACCUCUCCAGUCUUCUGGAACCUCCUCAACCCAUGACCGUGGACAAUGAACAUGAUUACUCUUCCCAACCGCCGGCGGGAACAAACUACACUUAUGCACCUCGAACUCAGUUCGAUGAAGGUUCUCAUCCAGGCCCUUUGUAUGACGUAGCAUCACCCUCUCAAGCGCCUCAGCCAUAUACAUCACUUCCAAAUACUUCACCAUCAUCUAAUUACACCCUUGUAUCCCAUGCCCGCACUGACGAAGGUGCAUCGUCAGUCAACGGCACUCGCUACGUCUCAAGUUCUCCUUCCGUUGACGAUCAUCCGACUGCUUCAUUUCCUCAGCCGUAUAGCGCUCCCCAUGACCAACAUCAUUUUCCUACAUCGGCAUCUUCCUAUUCCCCACCGGAUAUGGUGCGUUACCCAAUUACGUCGAACCUUAGCUCCCGUGGAACCGAUAAAUACGCCCAUGCUCUCUUGGAACAACGCCGCAUGUCCGAGCCAGCCAUGUAUGGCAGCGCAAUAGGCGGUUAUUCCACGAGUUCUUCAGCCGAUCUAGCCUCCGGGCGAUAUCAACAGCUGCAACACCACUACACGUCAUCACAAUCAUCGCCCAGAUUGUAUGGGAACUACGCCUCGUCUCUCCAACGCACGCUGAGUUCAGGGUCUGUGCGCGAUCAACUGUCGGGAUCGUCGUGGAACGGCAAAGAUCAACUUUCAUUACACUGUUACGACGGUGUCGACCUAGAAGAACCUAUAUCACCUCUUAACCCCAAUUUUUCGGGUGGCGAGGGCUCCCCCACAAUGGGCUACCCUGGUAUGCCCUAUGGCAACCUUUCUGAGGACUAUGGCCCAUCACCGCCCGGUACGGGCACUUCCACAUCGUCCAAUGGGGCCAGGCGGUUCGUUGACGCUUCAGGCUCGAGUUCUGAUGGUAAACAAUACUCAUUCGUGGCCCUGCCUGGAAACGCUGUCAAGAAGCGUCCAAGGCGGCGCUACGACGAGAUUGAACGACUUUAUCAAUGUUCAUGGCCUUCAUGCUCAAAGGCAUACGGCACUCUGAACCACUUAAAUGCCCAUGUCACGAUGCAGAAACACGGUGUCAAGCGUAGUCCAAAUGAAUUUAAAGAGCUUCGUAAACAAUGGCGGAAGUCCAAAAAAGAGGAAGCCGAUGCCCGUGCUACGUCAGCAGUGAUGGCGAGAUCAGCUCAUCACGCUUAUCUUCAGCGUGGCAUGCAUGACUCAUACCCCGACGCGGACUACCAGCUUCGCUCGCAUCCGCAGCAAAGUUCCCAUGUUGAACGGUUCACUGCAACGGCCUCGCCGGAGGAGAUGCAUGAGAUUGACAUGCAAGACGUUUACGAACGCCGGCAGCAACGUUUUAGUGGCCUCUUCCCUCCCGCUUCUCGCACUAGUAGCCCUGCAUACACCGCAAUUCACCCAUCAAAUAUGCCCUCGUCGCACACGGCCAUGGUCCGCCUUCCGACCAACAGCACGCUGUUGACUCCUCUGCCAGGUUAUGAGCAUCCGGGGGCCACCACGGACCUUGAUGUCUAUGCCUAUGGUGUAUACGGAAACAACCGUCCUGGUUCUGGGCAUGGGAGCAUUGGAAGCUAUGAUGAAAAGCGACGGAGUGGUUGAUUUGAUGACAAGUAGUUCUGCGUUUGCGAUCCACCUACCCAUUCCUUUCGGAAUUCCCUCCCGUUGGGAUUUUAUCACGAUACCAUCGGCAGUCCCAUGAUGCUCAUGCCUUUCAUGUCACGCAUCACCGCCUCCAUUCUUUGCUGGGGUUAUAUUGUUCAUGCUAUUGAUCACUAUCCUACUAAGUACAUACAUUACUAGUUUCUCCUCUCUUUUUCCUAUGCUUUCAUAUUUUAUUCGUUCAUGUUUACGGAUACCUCCUCACAUUACACAGGAGACUUUCGCCCAAUAAUCAUGGAGCUGUACUUUACGGGUUAUACUUGCCAUCCUAGUAAUAGUUACUUCUGUACAUGAGUAGGAAAUAGAUUCUUAAAGUCAGGUCGAUAUUUCCUUCCUGACUUCUUCCUCUAUGACAAGUUCAUACUGGACUGAAUUCUGAUCGGUAUUUCGGAAGAUAUUAU